AUGGCCGGAAAAACUCGUACCCUUUUAGAGGCAAUGUUUAAUGUGUUUAAUCUAAAUGGUGAAAAUGCUUUUUUAAAACAUUGGAGAGAUAUAAAAAAACCAGCCAAUUGGUGUCGAAUGCCCAAUCCACUACGACAUCGUCAAAAUUUCAUGUUUUCUGAUGUGUUAAGGCUUGCGAU